CAGUUCCUCAUAUUUAUUUAGCGAGGAGGCAGCGGCAUCGACCAAACUGGCUCCUUCUGGUUUCAAGAUACAUAAAUACAAAGCGAUACGCUGCUAAUACACAAAGGACUGAGAGGUUCGCGCUCCGGUUUAAGCUGAAGACGAUAAAGUCAGAUUCCCUAAAAGAGGAGCUUGGACGGCAUGCAAAGUUGUGAAAUAUCUUCAGACAGCACUGAUGAUCCUCUUAGUAGAGCCUUACACAGACAUCGACAACCGCGAAUAGUAGUGAUUGGCGCGGGCUUGGCCGGCCUCGCCACUGCCAAAAGCCUAUUGGAGAACGGCUUCACCAAUGUCACGGUGCUAGAAGCUGCAGACCGUAUCGGAGGCAGAGUGCAAAGCAUUCAGCACGGUAAAGCCACUUUGGAACUCGGAGCAACCUGGAUCCAUGGGGCGAACGGGAACCCCAUCUACCACCUGGCCGAGGACAACGGACUCCUCGAGCACACUACAGAGGAAGAGCGGAGCGUCGGCCGCAUCAGCCUCUACGCCAAAAAUGGUUUGGCCCACUACCAGACCAACAAUGGCAGGCGCAUUCCCAAGGACCUGGUGGAGGAGUUCAGUGAUCUGUACAAUGAGGUGUACGAGCUGACUCAGGAGUUCUUCCAGAAUGGGAAGCCUGUGGGAGCUGAGAGUCAGAACAGCGUGGGGAUCUUUACACGAGAUGUUGUGCGCAAGAAGAUCAUGCUUGAUCCGGAUGACUCAGAUAGCACCAAGAAACUCAAGUUGUCUAUGCUACAACAGUACCUCAAGGUGGAAAGCUGUGAGAGCAGUUCACCUAGCAUGGAUGAGGUGUCUCUAAGCGAGUUUGGUGAGUGGACUGAGAUUCCCGGCGCUCACCACGUCAUUCCGGCCGGUUUCAUUAAAAUCAUCGAGAUCCUGGCUCAGGACAUCCCAAGCCGAGUCCUCCGCCUCUGCAAACCCGUCCGCCGCAUCCACUGGAACAGCAGCUCCCACGAUGCCGAGGAAAUCGCCGACCAUAACCUGGACCAGCGGCCCAGCCCGGCCCCGGUCUGCGUGGAGUGCGAAGACGGCGAAUGUCUGCCGGCAGACCACGUGAUCGUAACCGCCUCUCUCGGGGUCCUGAAGAAGGCUCACGAGUCGCUUUUCUCCCCAGGUCUGCCUCAGGACAAGGCACAGGCCAUCCAGAAACUGGGCAUUAGUACCACCGACAAGAUCUUUCUGGAGUUUGCCGAGCCGUUCUGGAGCCCAGAGUGCAACAGCAUUCAGUUUGUCUGGGAGGACGAGGCGCAGCUGGAGAGCCUGGAGUACCCGAAAGAGCUGUGGUAUCGAAAGAUUUGCAGCUUUGACGUGCUGUAUCCACCUGAGCGCUACGGUCACAUGCUGAGCGGAUGGAUCUGUGGAGAAGAGGCCCUGCUCAUGGAGAUGUGCGAUGAUGAAACCGUGGCAGAGAUAUGCACCAAACUACUGCGCAAGUUCACAGGGAACCAGAAUAUUCCGAAGCCCCGGCGGAUCCUGCGCUCCUCGUGGGGCAGUAAUCCCUACAUCCGGGGGUCUUACUCCUUCACUCGAGUGGGUUCCAGCGGCAGGGACGUAGAGAUGCUGGCUGAGCCGAUGCCUUAUAACAAGAACACAAAGGCUCCGCCUCUACAGGUGUUGUUUGCUGGGGAGGCCACACACAGAAAAUACUAUUCCACUACCCAUGGUGCUUUGCUGUCAGGACAGAGGGAGGCUAACCGACUGAUCGAGCUGUACCAGGACUCUUUUGGUGCAGAAACCACAAAGCCUGAAGUUUAAAGGAAAGAAAUAAGAAAUUGCAACAAAAACGAGAACCACUUACUAGUGACAACAACAACAACAAUUGUGUUUUUUUUUGUGCUAACUGUAACUUAAAUGAUUCAAUUAUGUAUGAAAACCUAGUAGGGGCAUUAAACUAAUAACAAUAAAUCCUCUUUAUACUGUACUUAGAUUAGUUUUCUGUAGAUUUUACAUGAGAUGUACUGUACAAGGCUGCCAGUGUGGCGGCAUCUCUGGUCCUUAUAAUUUUCUUCUGAUUAUUUUUUUAAUACAUUUCUAUAAUUUAACAAUUUUUGUAAGUGCCUUGUGUAUUAAAUGUUGCGUUAUUAAAUUAAAAACUAAACAAAAAAGACUUGAUAUGAAUAAAGUGAAUGUUAAUGUGAACGAGAGGGAUGAGUUUUGUUUUCUUUUGGCAUUGCCUGUUUGUAUUCUUCAACCGUUUUUAUCUAUUCAAAUGAUCUAAAUCUCUCUUGCCAACUUCUUCUGGGUUUUAAUUUAACAAAGUGCUUUUACUGUGAAAGCUUUGAGACUUUAAGGUUUUUAAUUGUUCUUAAACAAGUUGUGAAUAAAAUGAAAUGCUGAUUCA